AAGGACAUGGGGAAGAUGCUCGGGGGCGACGAGGAGAAGGACCCUGACGCCGCCAAGAAGGAGGAGGAGCGGCAGGAGGCGCUGCGGCAGGAGGAGGAGGAGCGCAAGGCCAAGUACGCCAGGAUGGAGGCGGAGCGCGAGGCCCUGCGGCAGGGCAUCCGCGACAAGUACGGCAUCAAGAAGAAGGAGGAGCGCGAGGCCGAGGCCCAGGCCGCCAUGGAGGCCAACUCGGAGGGCAGCCUGACGCGGCCCAAGAAGGCCAUCCCGCCGGGCUGCGGGGACGAGCCGGAGGAGGAGGACGAGAGCAUCCUGGACACGGUCAUCAAGUACCUGCCGGGGCCGCUGCAGGACAUAUUCAAGAAGUAA